UUGGCGGUUCGUUUUUUUAUUUAUUUUUAUUUGUCGCUAGAGGGGUCUGAAUACUCGCUAAAUAUAGCGACAAAGUCGCUAAGUUGACAACACUGCGAUUCUAGAAUCAGCUUUAUCCAUCUCCAUAGACCAGACUGCCCAGAAGCUCACCCGCCCGGAAGCUCAUCACCCGGAGCGGAAGCUCACCGCCCGUCCAGUGUGGACAUGUUGACAUGGCAACGCUGGUGACUAAAACAUGUCUGCAAAAGCGAAACAAAGCAACAAGUCAGCGGAUAAAAAUGCAAACGAUAGAAAUGACGUUGCGUCCAAAGAAAAUUAUGCUGAAAAAGCCAACCCUCAAUGGAAACUUAUUUCCCAUGAACAAAUCAACAUGCUGUUGGAUUUGACAGUGGAACAAGUGCAAUUCCAGUUUGAAGAAAUACUUGGUUUGAAGAACUACCAGACGUGUCUGAAGGAGGCUUCCCUGUUGGACUACUUUGUCUCUGGCUUCUGGUGGACCAGGGAGAUGAACUACACCUGUCAACAGAUCUCAUUCAUCAUGGCUCUACUGCAAUUGUUACUGGACAAUAUCAGUGAGAAGCAGAUGCUGUUUGUUGAUAACCUGAAUGAGUUUGCCAAGAUGAUAUCAGGAACGCGCCAGUCUCCUUCUCCAGAGGUUGACUCACUGUUUGAUGCUGAGCAGGCCAUGUCCAUCACUGACUACCUGAAGUGCAGUCUCUUUCAGAACUACCAACUCUAUGAGUUUCUCUUCAGCCAACCUAGAGAGGAGCUGCUCCUUGGGAAGAAGAGGACCAUAGAGGUGAUCAGCUCAGCAGACUUUGUAGCCCCGCUGGAGGAAGGCAUGAACGCUGAUGACUACCUCCAUUACAUGACUCCUGUUGAGCAGCAGGAAGAGAUCCUCUCAAGCUCUGUCAGGUUGGAUGGGGCAGCGUCGCUGCACAGCUAUUUUCAGGUCUAUGCAGAGAUGUUUGAUCGUCUGGGCUCCAGCUGGGCCACUUAA